AUGUCAGGAUCCAAGCAAACGACGAAGACCGAGGAGACUAGUCCAGAUGGCAAGACCGAGGGAGAGUAUCUCAAAGAUAUCGAGAUGUGCGAGAGGAAGAUCAUGAAAGCAGCUUUUGAUCUGUUGAAGAACAACUAUGAUCGGUACAUGGCCGUCGUUCGAGGCGUAGAGGAUGCCCCUGGAUGGGAUAUCCUUACUCGUUUGAAUCUUCACGCAGAGCUAAUCAGCAAGGCGUGCUUGGAAAUUAUCCACUCGGACAUCCUGGACGCAGGCCCUGAAACCCUCAGAGCGGCGAAGAAACAUAUCAUGAAGAUCACAGAUUUCCUCCGCACCAUCUCAGGAAAGGAGUAUGACGACAUCAAGGCUGAAUACAUCAGUGGACAGGAUCCUAGCAUUGGAUUGAUGUACAAUGAGGAGUUGGAACAAUUGAAACAAAGCAAUAAGUUGGACCAGGAUGAAUUCAAGGCUUGCAAGAAAGAAGCAACGAGCUUGCAACUUGAGGUUCAUGAGCUCAGGAAGGCUUUGCUUUGUACCAGGGACCGAAAGUGGAAGAUCAUCAUUGAUGCUCGAAAGCGGAUCAUCAAGCAGCUGUUGGAGAAGUUUAAUGAUGUCCAUGCUGAGCGCAAGGAUAUUUCCGAGAUGUCAGGGGGCGUCUCCAAAGGCGAAGUAUUCCAAUUCUGGCCUGAAGACAGGAAUGUCGCUAUGUCUGUUGCCAGACAUGAUCGAUACAAUAACCUGCCUGAGGAGAUCUCAGAUGAGAAGUUGGUGGAAGACAUGACGCAUGGUGUCAAGGAACUCCUCAUCGAUUACGAAAACAUUUACCAGGCUUUCGAAAAGUAUCUGCGCCAGACUAUUGAGAGCAAGCGAACAAGUGGUAUGCACUCUCGCCUUGAGAACUCGUUGCAAAAGAUGAGAGCUUGCAAGCUAGGCAAAGAUGCCGAUUUCAAGCUCUUUGACGCUCGAAUCACCUCUGAAUAA